AUGCCUAGCGGGCGGAACGAAAGCGCCUCGGAGUCUUUGUCGCGGAGAAGACCCAAUUUCUCCACGCGAACCGCCGAAGAAGAUGUCUCGAGACUGGCCCCCAGCGACUCGCCUCGCGCUUCGCCGGAGGAGACGAGCAAAUUCCUCAACCUGAGAGCCGCGCUUUCUUUUCGUCCAUAUGAGCCAUUGAAUUCAUCGACUCACUCAUCGGAGCGCCAACGCCACUCAUUGCCCUUCAACUUCUUCGGUGGCCUCUCUCAAUGGGGGAAAAAGCCCCGAGACGAAGAAGGGCAGGAUGCGCCCCCGGAGAGAUCGCGACCUACUGUUCCCUUGCCCGCCGGGCCACUCCGAGAUGCAAGUGUCAAUCCAAAGGAAAAAGAAGACCAAAAGCACCGUGCGCUCGAUGGCGAUGAGAAGCUCGGCACGUUCUCUGGGGUUUUCGUCCCGACUACCCUGAAUGUUUUGAGUAUCCUCAUGUUCCUGCGGUUCGGGUUUGUCCUAGGACAAGCCGGUGUAUUAGGCACGCUAGGUUUGCUAGUUGUUUCGUAUACUAUCAAUCUGGUAACCACGAUGUCUCUCUCGGCCAUUGCGACCAACGGAACUGUCAAAGGAGGUGGCGCAUACUAUCUGAUUUCUCGAUCACUGGGACCGGAAUUUGGUGGCUCUAUCGGAAUAGUGUUCUAUCUGGGCUAUGUGUUGAACACAGGAAUGAACGCUGUCGGUCUCAUAGACUGCUUCACCCAGAAUUUCGGGUCGAAGUCUGGCACCUGGGCCAAUUUCCUGGAAGAAGGAUUCUGGUGGCAGUAUCUCUGGGGAACCAUAGUCCUAGUGCUAUGUACUGGGAUCUGCUUGGCUGGAAGUUCGAUUUUUUCUAGGGCGAGCAACGGAUUGCUCGUCAUUCUACUCGUGGCCACUUUCAGCAUCCCUGUAUCUGCGUUGGUUAUGAAGCCGUUUAGCAUUCCAAAACUCGGGGUGGAUUUCACCGGUAUCCGGCUGCAGACGCUCUUGGAGAACCUCAAACCCAGGCUCACUAAAGGCGCUGCUGGAAGUCAGCUUAAAGGGAAAGAAAACUUUCAAGACCUCUUUGGGAUCCUGUUCCCAGCGACUGGUGGAAUAUUUGCUGGCGCAAGCAUGUCUGGCGAUCUGAAGAACCCGAGCCGAUCUAUCCCUAAGGGAACGCUUUCGGGACUGGCCUUGACAUUUGUUACUUACACCAUUGUGAUCCUUGCAAUGGCUGCCUCAGUAACAAGAGACUCGUUCUAUAAAAAUACCAACAUUGUUCAAGCUACCAAUCUCUCCGGCGUGGUGAUUCUUCUAGGAGAAUUUGCUACUUCUUUCUUCUCGUCUUUGAUGGGAGUCAUCGGGUCUGCAAAGCUUCUACAGGCAAUCGCGCGGGAUAGUCUGCUUCCCGGACUGAGUGUCUUCAGUAAAGGAACCAAGAAGAACGACGAGCCGGUCUACGCGAUUAUCGUGACUUUUGCAGUGGCUCAGCUCACCAUGCUCUUCGAUAUUAAUCGCAUUGCAUCAUUCGUUACCAUGACAUAUCUUAUGACUUUCUUGGUCAUGAACCUCGCCUGUUUUCUGCUCAAGAUUGGAUCCGCGCCCAAUUUUCGGCCGUCUUUCCAUUACUUCAAAUGGCAGACGGCGGCAACUGGUGCCUUGGUCUGUGGAGCUAGUAUGUUUUUUGUCGAUGGCGUAUAUGCAACGGGCUGCGUUGCCAUCUUGUUCCUCCUUUUCCUGCUGAUUCACUAUACGUCCCCGCCCAAGCCGUGGGGCGAUGUCAGCCAAAGUUUGAUAUACCAUCAAGUACGCAAAUACUUGCUGCGACUUCGACAAGAGCACGUCAAAUUCUGGCGACCUCAGAUCCUUCUUUUCGUGACCAAUUUGGACGAUCAGUUCAAAAUGGUAUCGUUUUGUAAUUCUCUCAAGAAGGGAGCAUUGUUCGUGCUGGGCCACGUUCUAGUUACCGAUGACUUUUCAUCCGCGGUCCCUGAAGCCCGCCGGCAGCAGAGUACAUGGACGAAGUUCGUGGAAUCCUCGAAGGUGAAGGCUUUCGUCAACAUCGCUGUGUCCCCUUCUCCUGAAUGGGGCGUCCGGAACGUGGUCCUGAACUCUGGUCUUGGUGGCAUGCGGCCAAACAUCGUUGUUAUCGACCAAUUUCGAAAGGGCCAAUCGUUGGCCGAGACACUGCAACCUGCUAGCCAGAGGAAAGAUUCGAAUGGUCGACGUAGUUCUCGGGACCGAAUCUCGGAAUUAUCUGAGCAAGAGUCUCCCGAGUCGUCGGUAGAAUGUCAGAGCUACGUGACGAUUCUAGAAGAUCUUCUCUUUAAACUGCGCAUCAAUGUUGCCGUGGCGAAAGGAUUUGAGGAUCUGGAGCUGCCUGGUCCGCAAGGCCAGCACACGAAGCAAUACAUCGAUCUUUGGCCCAUUCAGAUGUCGGCAGAACUUGGCGCUGAUACCGAAAGCAAGAAAAACGUGUUGACCACCAAUUUUGACACAUACACCUUGAUCCUUCAACUAGGGUGUAUCCUCAACACCGUGCCGUCGUGGAAGAAAACGUACAAGCUACGGGUGGCAGUGUUUGUGGAGUACGAGACUGACGUGGCUGAUGAGCGCGGAAGAGUUGAGGCGCUUCUCGAGAAGCUAAGGAUUGAAGCCGAAGUGCUGGUGUUCUGGCUCGCAUGUGGCGACGUCAACGCGUAUCGGAUAAUCGUGAACGGUGACACUUCGCCCGAGACCGAAGACUGGCAAGAGAGAGUUCACACGACACUGAAGGAUGAAGAAUGGUGGCAGGACAUUCAGGCAGCACGCAGAACCACGAGAGAGUCUCCAAACGAAUACAGUUCAGUCAAUCCCUUGGAGCGAGUCACCAGCUGGCAUGGUGCCUCCAGCUUCGAGAGCCACCAGAAACAUCCAAAUCAACUAGUUGGUGGACUGAGGAAGUUUGUUCAGUCCACGAGACGACGACGCUCGAUUUCCAGCUUCCGAGGGUUCGGAGGCGUCAGCCUUGGCAUGCAAACGCACCGAUUGCUCGAUGCUUUCGUGGAUUACGACAAAUCAGAAUCGUCUACAAGUGACAGCGAUGACAGCGAAUUUGAGCCUUAUCACAGUGAUGAGGAACAAGAGGACAUCGGGAAGGACCUUAGUGACGACGACGACAGCCUGGAGCGUGAGUCUGGGCCCAGUUCGUCACACAUAUCCAGCAAGAAGACGCCCAAAGAAACAUCUGGCGGGGACGGUGAUCGACCGAGAAUCCCAUCUAUCGUCACGAGCGGCGACGGCGAUGCCUCCCCGAAAAGCAAAAGCCAAACCAAGCCUGUCCGACCCCCGGUGACGCGCUCCCCAUCCAGCAACCGGUUCAGCUCGUCGCCCAUCCCGGAGGCGCGAGUCAACACGGACGAAAACGCGGGCCCGUCCAUUAUGUUCGCACCCAGCCCGUCCUCCCCGCGGGGCGUCACCAGGAUGGAGUCGAUAUACACUCGGCGUUCGUCCUCGGGGACGUCCAACCAGCAGCAAGCCGCAUCGGGGUAUCCCCGACAAGCAUCCAUCCCUCUGUCAUUCAACGACCUGCCUAGUCGCGCACAGCAUCUGAUUCUGAACGAGUUGAUGGCCCAGCACAGCAGCGACACGGCGGUGAUCUUCACGACGCUUCCGGCUCCAUUCGAGGGCACCGCGCAGAGUGAGGCGACGAGUGAGUCGUACUUGAGUGAUCUGGAGGUGCUCUGGCAGGGCCUUCCGCCUUGCUUACUGGUUCAUAGCAACAGCAUGACUGUGACGAUGAACCUGUGA